CAGUGUAGAGAGGCGUUUAGUCAGUGUCGUCAGAUCCCUCUCACUCCUCUACAGUCCAAAUAUGGUCUGCUCCCCGUAUCAGAAACAAGAUGGCGACAGGAGUGUAACGCUGAACUCGAUGCUUCCAACCGGCAGUCCACAAACCAGUAGGUGAUAUCACGUGUGACAGUAGCUGCUGUUUAUGAAAGUGCGUCACUCUUCCUGUCUGUGUCGCUAAACAACUUUUCUCACCUCUGAAACGCGUGACUUCCUCACAAUGUGAAGUGAUGAGAAAAGGGAACCAACAAAUAUAUAAGUCCAGUCUGUACUGCAGAGCUAAAUCUUUAGGAAAUAGUAAACACGUAUUGAGUGAUGGAGGACGAAAUCUAUGCAAAUGGUGAUUAUAUCAAGUCUGUUAAGCCAACACCUUUGAAGAAUCAGACGGUCUUCUCAGGUCCCAGGAGCUCUGAGAGAAGAUUUCAUGGAGCUGUAGUUCUCUGUCUGGGGCUGCUGAGUGUUUUCCUGCUGGCUGGGCUCAUUGGCCUCUCUGUCUACUAUCACGUCUCAGCUGCAGAUCUCUCCGCUAUCAAAACCAACCUGACUGAGCGUCUCCAGGCGAGUGAGGACAAGCUGUCCUCUGUGUCCUCAGAGAGAGACCUGCUGAAUGCCACACUCACUAAUAAGACUAAAGAGCUGGAGUGUCAAACUAACAAACAAGAAAAAACCUGUCCUGCAGGAUGGACAAUGUUCAGUUUUGCCUGUUAUCUUCUUUCUGAUGGAGCUGAUUCCUGGGACAAAGGUAGAGACGACUGCAUGAACAGAGGAGCAGAUCUGGUGAUAAUCGACAGCGUUAAGGAACAGAAGUUUCUUGUUGAGUUCACCAAGGAACAUACUUGGAUUGGUUUGAAUGACAAAGUUAAAGAGGGGACCUGGAAAUGGAUCGAUGGAACGCCUCUGACUCUGAGUAACUGGAAGAAGGACCAGCCUGAUAAUGGUGGUGGACAUGCAUCGCUUGGUGAAGAGGACUGUGCACACAUCAUACCUGAGACUGGUUGGAAUGACCAGCCGUGUGGAGUUUCUCUGUGGUGGAUCUGUGAGAAAAAAGCUUAACAUUGGUGUUUAUCUGGAAAUCCUAAAUGUAAUCAUGCUUUGAUUAUGAAAGGUCUUUGAAUAAACUGCCACCAC